AUGACCGAAUUACAAAGAAUUUUGUUAGUGGGUUUGGGAAAUUAUACAUAUCCACAAACGAGGCAUAGCAUUGGAAUGAUGGUCUUAGAUCACCUAGCCAUGCAAUUGAAUUUAACGUGGAAUAAAAACAAAGAUUGGCCCGCAUAUGUUUCCCGAACGACAAUAUAUGUCGAUCCUCCAAAGGUUAAGAGAAAGAAGGAUAGGAUGAAUAAAGAACUAUUGAAAAAUAAGGUUGGUGAUAAUAGAGUGGAGGAUGACAAUGGUGUAAUAGAUACGUCUGUCUCUGCACCUUUGUCAUCGAUUUCUCCACCUUUAUCAACUGGUUUUCGAAACACCAAACCUGAACCCAUACCAUUAGAGAUUACACUAAUGAAGCCUUUACUACUAAUGAACGUUAGCGGGAAAUCUGUAUUUAAAGCAGUCAAAGAACUCGGGUUAUCUCCCUCGAACGUCAUCGUAAUUCAUGAUGAUAUGCAACGAGAAAUUGGAAAGAUAAGUCUGAAAAACGGUGGUAGCGCAAAUGGACACAAUGGGAUCAAGUCCGUGAUAGAAUCAUUGCGAACGGAUUCAUUUCGACGAUUAAGAGUUGGUAUUGGCAGACCUCCCCAAAACAUUGAUGAUCGAUCUCAUGAGAUUAUUUCCAAAUGGGUGUUAGCUCGCAUACCGAAUAAGGAAAUGGAAUUUUACACAAAUGAGAUAUUUCCAAAAUGUAAAGAUAGGUUGUUGGAGAUAAGUUAA